AAUAGAGUGCAGCAGCUAGAGACACGUCGACUAAAUCCCUCCUCUUUCAUCAACUCAGCUUCCUGUUUUGGAGUUAAAGCUCUGAAAUCGACGUUUACGUGUUUUCUCCUAUUUUAAAUCGCUAAACUGAGCGGUACCAUGGUAGUUGCUGAGCCCACCACCUUGAUAAUAUUUCGGGUCAAAGGGUCUUUGGAGUUAAGAUGCCAUCUGGACAGCACAGAGACAUCUCACAUUCAAAAAGUUUUGUCAAGAACUUUUGAGAACCUUCGUGCUCAGAUAAAAUCAGAGUCAUGUGUCUUUACAGUCUGCAACACUCCUGUCAUUAUUUGGCCAAAUAAAGAUGUUUAUGAAGACAUAACUCCAGACUCACCAUGUGAGGAUGUACUUCAGAGGAUACAGUCAGAUGAACCAGAAAGUGGUGGGAAGAGAGCAACUAAAAAGAAAGGCAAAAAAGAUUUGUCUGCGAGUGUCAUUAGCCUUCGUUUGAUGAUGGAGGUGACGAAGCCAGGCCCUCUCUCAGCACCAGUCAUCAGCAAAACUGUUCAGAAAAGCCAUUUCCUGUCUGCAACGCUUCCCCUCGACUGUGCCGUCCGUACCCACAGCAAGGACACAAUCAAAGAUGUUUGCGAUCGACUGUUGGAAGCUUUAACUCAGCAGCUGUGUGAGAUGGAGAAGGUGAUGCUGCAGCACAUGAAGGGGAGCACACUGCUCACUGCGGAGCCGCUCCACUUCCUCCUUCCAGAGCCUAAAGGACUGGUGACAGUAGUCUUUCCAGCAGGAGUGCCUGAUAAGGAGCUGGAGGCACAACGAAGAGAGUUGCAUCAACGGUUCAAGCUCCCUAAUGACCGUCCGUACUUCAGAAGAGCAAACGCUUACCACUUUCCCAAUGAACACUACAAAGACGGCUAUCUCCGAAACCCGCACCACGCUCUCACACAUCCAACCCUUGAAAACGGAAAAGUAUUUAUGGUCCAGGGGAUCUACAGCUACCACCAUUACAUGCAGGAUCGCAUGGAUGACAAUGGCUGGGGGUGUGCUUAUCGCUCCCUGCAGACCAUUUGUUCCUGGUUCCAGCAGCAAGGUUAUGUAGAGCAGCCUGUGCCCAGCCAUAAGGAGAUACAACAGGCUUUAGUGGAUGUUGGAGACAAGCAGGCGAAUUUUGUGGGGUCACGUCAGUGGAUUGGAUCCAUUGAGGUUCAAGCCGUCUUAAACCAUCUGCUUGGCAUCACCUCCAAGAUCAUGUUUGUGAGUCAAGGCUCUGAGCUGGCAUCAAAAGGCAGAGAACUGGCCAACCACUUCCUUACUGAAGGAACUCCUAUCAUGAUUGGUGGGGGAGUGUUGGCCCAUACAAUCCUAGGGGUGGCGUGGAGUGAGUCUACAGGGCAGAUUCGCUAUCUUAUUCUUGACCCGCAUUACACCGGAUCAGAAGACCUUCAGGUCAUCACUGACAAGGGCUGGUGUGGCUGGAAAGGAGCAGAUUUUUGGGAUCAAACUGCAUAUUAUAAUCUUUGUCUGCCACAGAGGCCUAGAGUCAUCUGAACUCAGGCUUUUAACGUCAAACGACAUUGUGCCAGCUUGUUUAAAUGGAUUUAUUAGUAAUUGAAAUAAAAUUUAAUCCAAACUAUUAUCUGUUAAAGUGCUUGAUAACACUUUGAUCAGUAUUAAAUAAUAAAAAAGCUGAUUUGCUUUGUUUCA